GUUCGAGGCUGUGAGCGCUUAGUUGCAAAGUGGGUGCGAGGAUUUCUUUUUUUUCUUUUUUUCUGAACUUUUACAGUGAAUUUUUAAAGUUGUGUUGAGUCGUCUUCGUGAUGGUGGUUGUGAUGGGUUUGAUUUUUCUGCUUUUAAGUCGGAUUAGGAUUUUGAGUGAAGCUGGUGGUGAGGACAUGCAUGUGUUGAAGAGUAGAUGAAGCUUGCCAGGGAAGCUUGGAUGUUUGUAAGGGUGCGUCUUUCGGUGGAGUUUUUGGGUUCUUCGCGAUGUUUAAAGAGAACGCUGGGAUUAGGAUUUUGGUUUGAAUAGUCUUUAAGUUUCAUUCUCGCGGCCGUUGGAUGGCUGGUAGGAAGUGUAUCUCUGUGCUUGUAACUGAUGUCUAUGAGAUAGCUCGUUUUAACUUGUGAUUCUCGAGUCCUAGUAAUCUAGCAUUCCUGAAUUUUGUUGGGUUUGGUUCUGCUCUACUCUCUAAGUGUUAACUCAAAGCUGAGAAAUGGGCUUUUCAAGUAGUUGCGAGGACCAGGAUUCAAGAUUCUUUCUGAGGGGUUCACACAUAUGCUUGAGCAAGGUUGGCCGAGCUCUACAGUAAUAUUUUCGUGUAAGCGAGUUUUGUGCUCAUCUUAUCGGUGAAAACUAAUGCUGGUUAAGUUCAUUCUGUAAUCAGUAGUUACUUAACUAAUAGGGAACGAUAGGGGCUCAUGGUUAGAUGUAUUAGAGACAUUCAGAAUCAAGCAGUUCACAAUGGGAGGGAAAGUGUACUCAAGAAAUCUGGAGCGGGAAAGUGACUUGGGGGAUGGCUGGAAAUUCGGUGUUAGGCAUGAGAAUAUGAAUUCAGGCGGUGGAGAGAGCGUGCAAAUGCAGCCCCAAGCCAUCUUUGGUUUCUCUCUAUUGCAAGGUCUCCGUGGUAAUCCCAUGGAAGACUUUCAUGUCGCAGAGUUUCGCAAUAUCGAUGGCGAGGAGAUAGGUCUAUUUGGAAUCAUUGAUUCACACGGAGGACCUUGUGUGGGAAAAUAUGUGCAACAACACCUUUUUGACAACAUUUUGAAUGAAGGGGGUGUCCGCUUAGAUCCAGCAGGUGCCACACGGGAUGGAUAUCUCCUCACCGACAGAAAUAUUUUGGAGGGUUCACAUGCGGGGGGUUGCAGUGCUGUCACAGCUAUGCUUGUGGAUCAUGGAAGCCGUUUAAUAGUGGCUAAUGUUGGAGAUGCUCGGGCAGUUCUUGCGAAAAAUGGGAUAGCUGUGCAGCUUUCAGUUGAUCAUGAUCCAGGAAGCCCCACCGAAAGGGCCAGCGUUGAGAGAAGGGGAGGCAUGGUUACCCAAAUUCCUGGUGAUCAUUGGAGAGUGGAUGGGUUAGUAUCUGUUGCGAGAGCGUUUGGUGAUAAAUCUUUGAAAGAGCACAUGACUGCUAGACCAGACUUGGCUGAUCUCGUAGUCGACCUGUCUUGUGAAUUCCUGAUUCUUGGAAGUAAUGGACUGUGGACGGUCUUCACUAACCAGGAAGUUGUUGAUAUUGUGCACAAGACCAAAGACCCUAUGAAUGCUGCACAAGAGCUGGUCUGCGAAGCACGAAAUAGAUAUAGCGAAGACGACAUUUCUUGUGCAGUCAUUCAGUUCAAAGAACUGUAAAGGUCUUGGGCCGAAUAUGCAACAUCAGUGAUUUAGAUGGUUCAGAUUAGAAAGAUAGAUUUCCCGAGUGUUGGAACGCUACUUUGUCGGGGUGUAAGUGCCCCAAGUCCGUCGAUGAUACAGUCAGAACCUGUUCCUUUGUGUGAGGUACUUAGCAGGUGGGGACUGUUCGUGGGUGAGAUGCAUGUGUUGAUACAUCUAAACAGCUUCCAUCUACAAUGCAGUUUUCACUUUCAAUAUGCAUAUAACGUACUGCAUUUCCGCUUCUAUGACAAUAAUCGCUUUUCAUGUGAAGUCGUUGUGGCUACAUUGAUGCACUGCUAGUGCAUACACCAGUCACUGAAACUCGAGACAGUGAAUAAAGUUCUUUUCACGUGUUAUGGACAACAGGUCUACUGAGCAGCCAAUUUUGGGGUUGGAACAUCCACUAAUCAUGGACAAGGAGUUCCAUCUAUCUAUUUCUCUGCGCAACUACUCCCUCUGAGUAAAUUAGCAUAUGAAGAGCAAUACGGAUUCAAUAUAGGACGGUCAAGUUGCGGACCAAGCCACGACCAUAAGGAAUUUUCGGGAUGAAGAGUAUCAGUGUGUACAAGUCGACGAUUACUUCUACAACCGAGGGAUGCUGUAGUCAUUCAGGACAAGCCAGGGGAAUACAAUCGCACCUCAGCAGCUAGGUAUUCGAGGACGGCAGCAAGGUACACUGGAGCACCUGCACCGACUCUUGUAGCAUACUUCCCAGCCUUCAAAAAACGGGAUAUCCUUCCAACGGGAAAUUGUAGCCCCGCUUUGCUGGAUCUAGACACGGCCUUUUUCCCAGCAUUCUUUCCUCUUCCUGACAUCUCUGCUUUAAGUCUGCACCAUUAACAGCAACCGUGACAAGCAACACAGAACCGAGCACCAGUACGUGAAGGAUUGAUCCGCUGCUCUGCAUUAAAUCCUUCGGCCAAAUUUCAACCAGGGUCUGAUCUCUACGCAACUUUCACGUCGGUGUAGCAACGUCCGAUGGAAUAUACCUUCGUUCUCAUGGACGGACGGACGCAUUGGAUCCCCGUACCGCACGACGGACGACGGACGAUGGACGAGGAACGUCCAUCCAAGGGGGUUUUCCCGCCAAUUAACCUCCCGCCCAAAAUGCCUCGGCUGAGCUGUUCGCCUAAAAAGGGAAAGACCCAUUAGUGGCGUGUACGUAUUAAUUGAUUAUUCUUACAAGACAAGCGUGUUUUAGUAUUUAAUAAAACUAGUAUUUAAAUGU